GAUGUGGUCACUUUGUCCCACCCAAAGUUUGUGAAAGUGGCCGUUGUUCUGUGAGACUUUAACGGCAGCCGUAUACGCGAGGGAGGGUAACUGUUUUAGGUAAUUCACUUUCAUCUGGAUGCCUGGAGUUGCAUUAAAGCAGAAGAUGCAUUCAAGGAGCGCACAGUAGAUCAGAGAAAACACGUCCAAACUUUCUAUGGGAUAAAGUUACGGAGCAGGCUGUAAACAUUUCUAAGAAAAUGAAAACUGGAUUUACUGGUUAGAGGAAGCGCCCACAUGCUUCAGCAUCAUUUCCAGUUUCCCCCCGAAGAGGAAUUUGGCACAUCAUUGUGAUAAGAGGGAUGAAUGAGGGGCGAUCUGCUAUCUUCAAAAGGCGCCACCUCGCCUUGCCCAAGGGCAACGCCAUCAGCUCUGAACCAAGCAUCUCGGUGGAUUUGGGAGACAGUGAGGCUGCUCAGCCUGAGGGUGAUGGAGCCUUCCCUUUAUCUGAGUUCUCACACCUGUUCGAGAGCCAGGAUGGAUCCCCAGCAACUCAGGACUCGAGUCAGGAGUCAAUCCUGGAGCCGGCCCAGCCGGGCCACCCCGCUGACAGCAGACAGUACCUACGGAUGAAGUUCCACGGUGCUUUCAAGAAGGGCAUAUCCAACCCAAUGGACCUCCUGGAAUCCACCAUAUAUGAGUCAAAUGUGGUUCCUGCUCCCAAGAAAGCACCCAUGGACUCACUCUUUGACUAUGGCACCUACGGAAACUCAAGCAACCAGAAGAAACGCAGAAAGAAGCUCCCAAAAGGCAAAACAGAGGCAUCCUGUGACGCGAGCCAGAGCUCUGAUCCUCCAAAAGUCGUCAAAGUAUUCAACCGCUCGCUUCUCUUCGACUGUGUGUCACGUGGAGACCCCGGGGAACUCGAGGGCCUGUUGGAGUACCUGCAAAGUAACAACAAGAGGUUAACCGAUGAGGAAUUCAGAGAGCCAUACACAGGUAAGACAUGUCUGCCAAAAGCUUUGAUGAACCUUUAUGGCCGUCAGAACAACACCAUCCCAGUGCUGGUCGACAUAGCAGAGAAGAAUGGGAGUCUCAGAGAGUUCAUUAAUACGCCCUUCAGGGACGUCUACUACAGAGGCCAGACAGCGCUCCACAUUGCCAUCGAACGACGCUGUAAGCAGUAUGUGAAGCUGCUGGUGGAAAAAGGAGCUGACGUUCAUGCCCAGGCGAGGGGACGCUUCUUCCAGCCCAAAGACGAGGGUGGUUACUUCUACUUUGGUGAGCUGCCUCUCUCUCUGGCUGCCUGCACGAACCAGCCCGACAUAGUGCACUACCUGACGGAGAAUCCGCACAAGAAAGCUGACGUGCGACGCCAGGAUUCACGUGGAAACACGGUGCUGCACGCGCUGGUGCACAUUGCAGACAACACCAAGGACAACACGCGUUUCCUCACAAAGAUGUACGACCUGCUGCUAAUCAAGACUGCCAAGCUUUACCCAGACUGCAACCUGGAGACAGUGCCCAACAAUGAUGGCAUGUCGCCUCUCAUGAUGGCUGCCAGAUUGGGCAAGAUAGGGAUUUUUCAACACAUUAUCCGACGUGAGAUCAAAGACGAGGAAGUUCGUCAUCUGUCCCGUAAGUUUAAGGACUGGGCCUAUGGUCCGGUGUACUCCUCCCUCUAUGAUCUGUCUUCACUGGAUACAUGUGGCAAGGAGUCAUCUGUGCUGGAAAUCCUUGUCUACACCAGUCACAAUGAGAACCGCCAUGAGAUGCUGGCAGUGGAGCCCAUCAAUGAGCUGUUGAGGGCCAAAUGGAACAGGUUUGCUGCUGUCACUUUUUACAUCAGUGUGUUCUCCUACCUCAUCACCAUGAUCAUAUUCACCCUGGUGGCUUAUUACCAACCAACAGAUGGAAAGCCUCCAUACCCACGUACCACAUCGUCUGACUACUGGCGGAUGGCCGGGGAGAUUGUCACACUGGCAUCAGGAAUCUUCUUCUUCCUCACAAAUAUUAAGGACCUCUUCCUGAAAAAGUGCCCUGGGGUGAAGUCUUUAUUUAUUGAUGGAUCCUUUCAACUGCUGUACUUCAUCUACUCUGUACUGAUUAUAGUCACAGCUGCUCUCUACCUGUCUGGCAUUGAGGCCUACGUCUCUGUCAUGGUGUUUGCACUCGCCCUGGGCUGGAUGAACACACUUUACUUCACCAGGGGCCUGAAGCUCACGGGCACCUACAGCAUCAUGAUACAAAAGAUUCUUUUCAAGGACCUUUUCAGGUUUCUGCUGGUGUAUGUGCUCUUCAUGAUCGGUUUUGCAUCAGCCUUGGUAUCCCUGCUGACUGUGUGCCCUCCGCCAGGCACAGUGUGUAACGGGAGUUGCCCAACCUACCCUGCAUGCAGGGACAAUAACACUUUCAGCGCUUUCCUUCUGGACCUCUUCAAGCUCACCAUUGGGAUGGGAGACCUGGACAUGAUCUACAGUGCACAGAAUCCAGUCGUCUUUCUCAUCCUGUUAGUUACUUACAUCAUUCUCACCUUCGUGCUGCUACUCAACAUGUUGAUCGCUUUGAUGGGGGAGACGGUGGGUCAGGUCUCCAAGGAGAGCAAAAAAAUCUGGAAGCUUCAGUGGGCAACGACUAUCUUGGACAUCGAACGCUCGUUCCCGGUCUGUCUUCGCAAGUCUUUUCGAGUUGGAGAGAUGGUGACGGUGGGGAAGAACUAUGAUGGCACACCUGAUCGGCGCUGGUGUUUCAGGGUGGACGAGGUUAACUGGUGUCACUGGAAUCAGAACCUGGCGAUAAUUAACGAGGAUCCGGGCAAGAGUGAGACCAUCCAAGCCAACGGGCUGCAGCAGGGUGUUAGAGCUUUGAGGAGAGAUCGCUGGUCCACAGUGGUCCCGCGGGCAGUGGAGUUGAGCAAAGGUUCUCAGUCUCAUGAUCUCGCGGUAGAGAUGGAGCCGCUGUCACCCAGGCACUGAUUCCUGCAGAUGAUGAGUGCUGUCCUUGUUAUGAGGAGACAGCAGAAAGCCAUCAGCAUCAGUGAAAUCACUCUGCAGGGAACGAUUUGGCCAAUAAGUGUACUAAUUUGCACGCGUCUCCUGUGCCUUUGUUCAGAAAAGCUGUCGCGAAUAUAAAAGCAGCACACUCUGUGUAACAGGACAGACGACAUGCAGAGACACUGGAUAAAGAAUUGCUGAGUUAAAGACAUUAAAUGCUGUUAGAAACUAACCCUGAGACCAAAAAAGGAUAACAAAAAAUGUGUUUUGUAAGCAGUGAGCUGUAAUUUGUUUUGUACUUGUCACAUAAGAAUAGAAAAUCUCACAAAAAUGUACUGUACCUCCACUUUUCAGACAUCAGUGUCGGAAUACUCAGGGAUAUAAGAAAGUGAGAAUAUUUUACAGUGCCAUAUACUUUCAAAAACACAAUCGUAGCAGGCUAGCAGAAGCAUAAAUACAAUAUUAUGGCAUUUUCUAUGCUAGUAAUAAAACUUUAAUAAAUCCUAAAUUUGCACCUAUAUUUACAAUAAGAGAUACUGCUUUAUGAAAACAUAUCAAUAAAUAUUUAUAGACUUAUAGAAUAGAACUUUUUCACUUUUAAUUUUCUUACUUUGAGUUUUGUAAAGUCCUCCCCCAUGUGUUCUUAAUUACGCUCCACAUGCUGAUUUAAAUGUUCAUUUUCUAAAGUGCAGGAGACCAGUGUCUGCAAAGAGGACAUAUCUUUUUUAAAAAGUCUAUUUCUUUCCAUUUUUAUAUGAUAUUAAUUAAAUAGUUUCCAAACUUUGACAAUCUCAGGCUAGGAAUUCCAGCUUAGGCAGACACAGCCCUCAUUUGAACUGAAACACUAUUUACAUCAUUACACGUAUACAGAGACAUUAUUCUGAACACGGUGGGCAUGAUGAGCAGGUUAUAGUUGUCAAGCAAGUAUGCAAAUGGAAGACAAUAGCCUUCCGUGUUCCUUUGCAGCUGGGGUAUUUGCAUAAUCAACUCUCAGUCCCUCCAUUAUGUACUUCCCCUUAUUUGCUGCAGUGUUUUCAUUGCAAUUGGCUCCUUGCCCUAUAUAGCUUUUUUUUUAAACACACGUCUACUGCGUGUUUGUGUUACUGCAUUACACAACAGCUGACGGGCUGUACAUUUCAUUUUCACUUAUUCAUUACUGUUAAAAGUCACAUAUUAUGUUUACAUUUCCAAUCUAUGACUGUUCAUUUUUAUACUAUUUGUACGUUGCUGCACAGAACAGUAAAGACUGUAUUUUAUAUGUU